UAUCCGCAAGCAUUCUCCCAUCUGUCGCCGGAAGCAGAGCACGACCCAACACCGCAUCAUGUCGGGCGCGGCGGCGGCACGGGUAUUGCCGAAGGCGGUGACCUUCGUCACGGGCAACGCCAAGAAGCUGGAGGAAGUCCGCGCGAUUCUCGGCUCCUCCAUCCCCUUCCAGUCUCUCAAGCUCGACCUACCUGAAUUGCAAGGUGAGCCAGAGGACAUAUCUAAAGAGAAAGCAAGAAUGGCUGCAUCUCAGGUGAAUGGUCCUGUACUUGUUGAGGAUACCUGCCUAUGUUUCAAUGCACUCAAAGGUUUACCAGGUCCCUACAUAAAAUGGUUUCUUGAGAAGAUUGGGCACGAUGGUUUGAAUAAUUUGUUAAAAGCUUAUGAAGACAAAUCAGCUUAUGCUAUGUGCAUCUUUUCCCUUGCUCUUGGACCAGAAGAGGAACCAAUCACAUUUGUUGGAAAAACACCAGUAAGAUGCUGCUUCGAAUUUACAUCUCAAGGAAAAAUUGUACCUGCCAGAGGCCCUACUGAUUUUGGAUGGGACCCUGUAUUCCAACCAGAUGGAUUUGAACAAACUUAUGCUGAGAUGCCCAAGUCAGAGAAGAAUCAAAUCUCUCACAGAGGGAGAGCUCUUGCGUUGGUGAAAGAACAUUUUGCUUCUUCCAACUAUACAAUUCAGAGCGAUGGAUUGGCUUAACUUUCCUUUUAAGCAGAAAAUGAAAACAUGGCCUUCGCGAAUGGAAUAUGAACAAAAGAUUACUCUUGUGUUAAAUCUGGACUCGGCAGAUUCAGUAUCUAAGAUGUCAUAUACACUGAUUUCUCCAGUUUAUGGUUCAUUUGUAUUGUUCAUUUUCUGGCAUAUGCCAUCUAGACGUUAUAGACUGAUUAUUACUGUUUAGGACCUCCUGAGCUUUAAUGUUGACA